AUGGAGGCCCCAGGGGGAUGGGGACGGCGGCGGCCGCACCGCUUGCCCCGGGAAGUGAUGGGGUCCAUCCCGCACUCCUUCGGGCUGAGAGUCAAGCCUCCCAAGGAGCAAGCCUCUGAUAAUUUUAUCUUGCUCCAGAGAGAGAGGGAAAAGGAACUGCAGGAAUAUAAAGAUUUUGUCAAUAUUUACAACCAGUACCGCAGGAUUCACACCUGGCAGCAAAGGAACUCCAGGAGAUGGCUUCACAGUGCUGUGCACAGAAGGGUGGAUGCAGCCAUGCAGGAGCAGCAGGCAGGGAUUGAGGAGAGAAGAGAGAGACUCCAGGAGCUGCUGGAGGGAGAGAACAGUCAGUACUGUGCUGAGAUGGAGUCACUUGAAGAAACAGAGCUGGACAGACAACAGAAAAUGAGGGAGAGAGCAAAACUCCUGAGAGAGAAGAGAGAAACAGCAAGACAACAGCUGGUGGCUGAAAAACUAGAGCAGCAGUUCAGAGAACAAUGUGGGGAGCUUCAUGAAAAGUGGAUGAAGAUACAUCAGCAGGAGGUGUGCAAAGACCGACUGGCCCAGAUAGCUCUGAAAGAGGAAAUGAAAAAGCAACAAGAGAAGGAGGAGCAGAUGUUUGCUGAGCUUUGGGAAGCUGACAGGUUGGCUAAGGAAAGGAGAGGAGAGAUGGAGGGGAAGAAACUGGCAGGGCAGAACCAAGAAGUCCUGAAUGCUCUCAGUGCCCAAAUGGCAGAGCUCAGUGCUCGGCAGGAGGAGGAGAAGAAGCUGAAGGAGGAAGAAGCUCAACUGCUGGAAGAAGAACUGCAGCUGCUUAAGCUAGAAAAUGACCAACUAAAGAAGGAGAAACUCCAGAAACAGAAGGAUUGCAGGGAAAUGUUGCUCAGUGCAGUCCAGGACAAGCAGAAGCAUCUUAAUGAAGAAAAACAAAAUGAACGUGACCUAGAGAUGAAGAUCCUGGAAAAAUCUCUUCAGGAAUGUCAGGAAGACACCAAGGAGAAAAAAAAAAGAAAACAAGAGCUGUUAAGGGAGCAACAGGCUUACCUGGCACACCUGGCUCAAAAGCUGGAGGAGGACAAACAGAAUAAAAAAGCAGAGGAGAAGAUCCUGGAGGAAGAGGCAGCCAAGGUUUGGGCUGAGAAGGCCGAGCGACUGCGACUGGAAAAGGAGGCUCGAAAGCAGCUCCUGAAAGAUGUGGUGGAGACAAGACAGCAGCAGAUGGAGAAGAAGGUGCAGAGAAAUGCAAAGGAGCAGGAAGAACUUGCUGAGGAGAGGAAGUUAUUAGAUGAGGCAAUCACAGAAUUCAAGCAUGCAGAAGAAGAAAAAUAUGUCAGGAAACUAAAGGAGGCAAAAGAACACCAGGAGCAACUCAGGGCUCAGAUCACCUCUCGGCAGCAGGCUCGUGAUGCUGAGGAAGAGGAGAAGCAGCAAGAAGGUGAAUCAGCUCUAGAAGAGGAGCAAGCUUACCAAGCCAGGAUGCAGAACAUUCUAUCAAAGCUGAGUGAGAAACCAGCCAAAAUCCACCCUUUCAGGAGAAAAUUCAUGUCUGACUCCCUGCAAAAUAAUUGA